AACAGAAUUCGGUUAGAUCUUUCGAUCGUUCGACUAAAUUCGAGUUUUUGAGAUAGAGCUGCAUUCAGGAAGGGACUCGAGAAUGGACCACAUGGAGUACAAUCGUGGCGAUUCGCAGGCGGGAGGAUUGGGAAUGGGUGGUGGCGAUGCGGACAACAGUGCCUUGAUGCGACGCACCACCGCACCACGUGGACGACCGGUGGUGCGUCACCGGCGAAGCGAAUCGCUGGUGGUGGAGCACAGCUCGCUGAUGACCUUCGAAUCUGGCCAGGAUGAGGGCGAUAGUCCGACUAGCAGUUGCCCGGAAUCGGAAGUGGAGAUAGGCGCCACAUCCUCCGCCUCCUCCACAUCGCCGGGCAAGCCACCAGAUCAUGGUCGACCCAAUCAAUUGGUACGCUUUUGCCUGCGCCUGGCCUACAAUUCCCUUUAUUAUCCCUACGAAAUGGCCAAGGUGCUCAUCCAACUGGGCCACGAACCCAUCCCGGGCAGGCCCUUCCACCUACCCCUGCUGCACCGGCGGCCACGCCUCUUCCUGCCCGGUGUCCACCAGUAUGUCUUGCACAUCCAGCGGAUGGAUGGCUAUCUGGGAUUGUAUCGUGGCCUUACCGCUCGCCUGGCCGCCAGCACAGUGGACUAUUUGCUGGGUGAUCUCGUGCUGGCCUUCCUGCACUUUCAUCCCUACAAACGGGCUCCCCGGGAGGAGCCGAGCCUCAAGGAGUUCUGGUGGAAUUUCGCCAGGGAUAGUCUGCGCCUGGCCACCGCAGUGCUGCUGACCCAACCCUUUUACGUGGUGAUGGUGCGCCAGAUAGCCCAGUUUGUUGGUAAGGAGCGCAUCUACGAGGGAAUCAUGGCCAGCCUGAUGACCCUUAUAAAGCAGGAGGGAUAUGCUGGACUCUUUGCUGGCAUCUUGCCACGUCUCCUAGGCGAAUGGAGCGUCCUGACCAUAACCAGUUUACUGACUCACCUGUGCCUUCGCCUCAUCCCGAUGAGCCGCAGCCAGCAGCAGUACAACUCGGUGAUUAUCCAGAUGGUGGCCAGCCUACUGGUGUAUCCCAUGGAGGUGACCUCCGCCUGCAUGGCCGGAACCGGAGCACCACUGGCCGCCUGUGAGCCACCAAGGAUGCCGCUCUACAACCACUGGGCCGACUGCCUCACCGAUCUCUACGCCCGCGGCGGUCACAAUCGGGGGGCCAUUCUCUUCUGGCGCACGGUGCCCAGGAUCCAGUUGCUCCGCAAUAAGGAUGGAUAUUUGGUGAGAUCGGGUUAGUAAUUAGCGGGAAGAAUUGAUAAGGAACCGCUGAAGAAUGGAGAGAAGCCCAGAGGUGAAGAGAUUGUACGUUUUGUGAGUUAUGGUGCCCAGUUUUUUUUGUGAGUUUUGGUGGCGAAGGGAAGAGAAUUGAUUUGAAGAAAAAUGGUGUGGGGAAUUGAGGGUGGAUGGUGAAGAUUCAUAAGAAAAUAUGAAGAUGAUAAGAGAAUAUUAAGGGAAUCUAGAAAACAUAUAGUAAAACCUUCUGAAAAUGAGAGUAGAAAGCGCAGAAUUGAUACUUCAAGGUGUUCCAUCAGAAAAUAUAAACUGAACAGACUUAAUUACAAAGAAAACAGAAUAAAGUAAAGACAACAUAUAGAAAAGAAAAUGUAGAGAGAAGAAACUGGAGAUUUACGAAACGAAAAGACUUAGAAAACAAGUUUAAAAAAGAAUUGUAAAGACAACAAACAGAAAUUGGAUAUUGAAGAUAAUGUAUAUUGAAGAAUAUGACAAGUGAAGACAACGAGCAAUAAUUCGAGGAGAAAAGAAAGUAAGGAAGAUGUGAAAAAGAUGGCUGCAGAUAAGUGAAGGUUGAGAGAAGAUAAGUGGAGAAUGGAGAGGCGGAGACUGGAAAAUGGAGAGCAGACCGAACAGCGGGCGAAUGUCGUUGAUCAUUAAUAAUGCAAUGUUCGAUGACGAAAAUUUUACGUUUUUAAGAUGUGAUUUGGAAUGCUGUACGUAAUA